UCUUUAUGUCUUUGGUCGUAAACUUUCUAAGUUUGAAGCUUCGAUUUGAUGAAUCAUUUCAAGUAUAUUCAUAUGGCCUUAGUAAUUUUUCUUCAGUGACCACUCGCAAAGCAUUAUUGAACGUCUGACAUCCUGAAAUAACCAUCCCUUUCGUAAAUAUCGAAGAAUUCCGUUUACUCAUCUCGCCUUCGGCAUGGUCCUUUUGGAGAAUGACGUGUUUUUAACCCACCUGAAAGAGAUGUUUGCCAAAUCGCGCCAGAAAGGAACAGUACAGCUAACAAUGAAACGAUAUGAUGGUAGAACAAAACCUAGACCGAAAAAUCCUGACAAAGAACUCCCUGAACCCUCUGAACACUUAUGUUUAAUUCGCGCAGUUCACAAAUCUAAAAAACUUAGCACUGUU